AUGGAAAAGUUUCGGUGCGAGCUGCCGAACCUAAUCGCCAUGACUGCUGAGGAGUAUCCAUUGGCGGCAGUAUUUGUUCGUGACUAUUGCAGCCGAGCUCUCAUGUCAGUACCUGAGCGAAAUUUUAGCGCUGGACUCACUUGGUACUUGCUGGAUUGCGAUAUCAUUGCUAAAAGUGUUGAACGGAUAACGAAUUAUACGCUGGCCACGCCCACCACCACGGAAACGGCGGAGCGGGCAUUGCAUGCAUAUCUCCGCUCGACCUCAGAGCGAUCCAUUCAUGCUUGCCGAGUGACUGGGAUCGACGAUUCUGCGGCUGCAGCUGCUGUUAGCGAGGCCCUUGGGCUCACUCAGCCGCCAACUUCGUGCGAGGUAUUUUGCCUGCCUUCUUACGAUGUGCGAAGUGGGCUCAAGUCUCUCGUUUACGUUCUUGAGAAAACGUGUCGCUUUACGCCAGUUCUAUUGGAAGCGUUUCAGGCCGCAGGUGGAUACGCGUUAUUGUUGCGCCUCCUAGAUACGUGCUCGGAAGACGAAAUCCCUGCCUUGUUGGAUAUUGCUGACCGCUCAAUAGGCUCAAGCACGUUUGGUGCAAGAAAUGUGAAUGCUUUUUCUACCAUGAGAGACUUACUGCUGAACUACAUUAAGCAUCUGGUACUGCAAUUGCUAACCCAAGUACUUCAUAUCUACACAAGUGAUUACGACAAUUUCGUUUUUCUCGAGCCCAAAACGCGAACGUUAGCGCUACUGUUGACGAAAUUGCCACACACGAGCUUCUAUGACACCCAAGUAAUUAUCUUGCGUAUCGUGGAGUAUGUUUGUUGUGCUGCAAAACCCGAAGACUCCCUUCCUCACGAGAUAUUAUCAGUGGUGUGUGGAGGUACAAGCAAGAGCUGA